GAGCCAGGAGAGAGCGCAGCUGCUUCCGGCCCGUGGCUCCUCCUUUCCUGUCAGCCAUUUGUCGUGAGUGAUCGGUGUGCGACCGUCUCCAAAGCCUUCAACAUGCAAAACGACGCAGGUGAAUUUGUGGACCUCUACGUACCACGCAAAUGCUCUGCAAGCAACAGAAUCAUUGGAGCCAAAGACCAUGCUUCCAUCCAGAUUAACAUUGCUGAGGUCGACAAGGUGACCGGUCGUUUCAACGGUCAGUUCAAGACUUACGCCAUAUGUGGUGCUAUCCGCAGAAUGGGAGAGUCAGAUGACUCCAUCCUGAGGCUGGCAAAAAAUGACUCCGUUGUUGCAAAGAACUUCUGAGUUUCAAGCUGGAGCUGUGGAAGCUUUGUACAAUAAAAUGUUGAAAAAAGAA